AUGGGCCCCGUACCGACUCCUCAUGCUGCUGCCAGGCCCGUAAUCUGUCAUGGGCCCCUGUACCGCCUCCUCAUGCUGCUGCCAGGCCCGUAAUCUGCCAUGGGCCCCCGUACCGACUCCUCAUGCUGCUGCCAGGCCCGUAAUCUGUCAUGGGCCCCUGUACCGCCUCCUCAUGCUGCUGCCAGGUCCAGAGUGUGUCAUGGGUCCCUGUACGGCCUCCCAUUGCUGCUGUCUCCAUCGCCACACUCUGCCAUGUGCCACUUUCAGGUCUCCUCACACUGCUGGUGGGUUCCAUUUUGUCAUAGGGUGCUGGCAGAUUACGGGCCUCCCAUUGCUGCUGCCAGGCCUGUAAUCUGCCAUGGGCCCCCGGCACCGACUCCUCAUGCUGCUGCCAG